AUGAAAAGAUAUGAGCUUGAGAAGGAGAAUGUUGCAACCUUGUUGAGGAAAGCAAAGGGUAAGAUUGCCUUAACUACUGACAUGUGGACAGCUGACAACCAGAGAAAAGGUUAUAUGGCGGUCACCUCACAUUUUAUUGAUAAUACAUGGAAGUUGCAAAGUCGGAUCAUAAGGUUUUUAUAUGUCCCCGCCCCUCAUACUGCUGAGGUUCUUGCUGAUGCUUUGAAAGAAAGCAUUCAAUCAUGGAAUCUUGAUCUUAGGUUGUCUUCUAUAACCGUGGAUAAUUGUUCAACUAAUGAUGCAAUGAUGGAAAUUUUGAAAGGAGUGUUUCCAUAUGGCUCACUUUUAUUGCGAGGUGAUUUUUUUCAUAUGCGUUGUUGUGCUCACAUAUUAAAUUUGAUUGUUCAAGAUGGUUUAAGUGCUGUGGUAUCAAAUGGUGUUCAAAGAAUUAGGGAUAGUGUUGUGUUUUGGACUGCUUCUGAUAAGAGAGUACAAAGGUUUGAACAAGUGGCUAAGCAAAUAACUCCUGAGUGUAGUAGAAAGUUAGCACUUGAUUGCAAAACCCGGUGGAAUUCUACUUAUGAAAUGCUUUCUAUUGCUACUAGUUAUAAAGAAGUGUUUGUUGUUUUAAGUGCUCGUAAUAAUUUAUAUAAGAAUCCACCGACCCCUGAAGAUUGGGAAAAAGUUGAGAAAAUAUGUGAACAUUUGGAAGUGUUUAGUAAAACUACCCUUAAUUUUUCAGGAACAAAUUACCCUACGGCCAAUCUUUAUUUUCCUAAAAUUUGUGCUUUGAGAAUUGCUAUUUCUGGUUGGCUUUUAUCUCCUCAUGAUUAUGUAAGGAAAAUGGCCGACAUUAUGUUACAAAAAAUAUAA